UAGAUGGUUUGGUAGUUUAAAAACGGAAGGGGAUUGCUGACUUCCUCCGCACGUUUCAUCCACCUCCAUUCACGACUCUUAUUAGCAUUGUAAGGGGUCGGGUCGGGUCGGGUCGCGCAGUUAGGUAGUAAAGGUGGACCCGACAGAAAGUGGUGUUGUGUUGUGAAUUCCACGGUUGACAGCACUCCGUUUGCAUUUGUGAGUCAUUUAUUUGAAAAUCGGAAAUGCAGGUGUCAAGGGCAUCUUCGCAAAAAAUCACCCAAUUCCAAGCUUUAGUCCGCGGCACCAUCAACCAGCGCCACUCUAUCCGCCGCCCCUCCUUCUCCGAUGCAGCCGCGUUCCGCUCCCCUUCGCCGAUUUUCCACCCACAACAACGCCUGGGUAGUAGCACGUUUCGAUUCUUCUCCUCGAAUUUCGACAAAGGCUUUGCGCAGAAGGUGUUUGAUAAACCCGCGGCCGCAGUGAGCUCGGCCUUCUCCCGGUACCGCGAGGCAAUUGGGUUGCAAAUCGAGGCGUUUUGCAAGAGGAACUACCUCUUUCUGUUGGGCGCUGGUGGAGUUAUCCUUUGCGGUGUUCUUUGGAGGAUCCUCUUUGGAGUCGCUAACCUCUUCGUUGGAAUCUCCGAAGGCUUGGCUAAGUAUGGCUUCCUUGCCCUUUCAUCUGCUAUCGUUGCUUUUACUGGCUUGUAUAUCCGCUCGAGGUUCACAAUCAACCCGGAUAAAGUUUAUAGAAUGGCAAUGACGAGACUUAACACGUCUGCCGGGAUUCUUGAAGUUAUGGGUGCCCCUCUUUCUGGAACUGAUUUGAGAGCCUAUGUCAUGUCAGGGGGUGGCCUCACCUUAAAGAAGUUCAAGCCGAGUAUUAGGAGCAAACGGUGUUUUCUCAUUUUCCCCAUUAGAGGGUCUGAGAAAAAGGGACUGGUCAACGUUGAAGUCAAGAAAAAGAAUGGCCAGUAUGCUAUGAAGCUUCUCGCCGUUGAUGUACCCAUGGCUUCUGGUCCAGACCAGCGGUUGUAUCUAGUUGGGGAUGAAAACGAGUACAGAGUUGGUGGGGGGCUAAUAUCCGAGCUUAGAGACCCUGUAGUGAAGGCAAUGGCGGCAACCAAGGAAUUUGAUGCUCUUGAUGAGAUCGAGGAAGAGGAAGAUGCUGAAAGAGAACGCCUGGAGGAUGAAAGAAAGCAGCGUGAAGAAAUUGAAAAGCUUGAAAAGAGUGGCACCUAGUAAUAGGCUUUCCAGAUGUUUUUCUUCUGAUUUAUUUUCUAUAUGAUAGCAGGAGUUGAUGUUAUUUACAACACAUUUUGUUUUGUAUCAGUUCGAGUUUUCCCUAGAUUUAGAAACCCUUGUACCACAUAUGGCCAAGUUUAUCUGAACCAAAGUUGAGAAAAUAAAGCUGACAGGGAUCAACGUGCA